AUGCUCGCUAUUACUGCUCUUCUGGCUUUAACGCCAAUCAUCACUGCUUUGCCAGUCCAAGAACGACAGCUUGGAGGACUCCUCGGAGGAGUUCUUGGCGAAGUCACGGGUCUCUUGUCACCCGUCACUAGCCUCUUGGAUCCUAUCACUGCGAUGUUAGGAAUCAACUUGGAUCUCACUAUCGGUCAAUCUUUGACCUGUAAUAAUGUAGAUGGACCUUUUGGUGGACGAAAUUACAGUCUUGGAUGUACUUGUGCCAAUUCAGCCGGCGGACUCCUGUUGGAAGUUGACGUCGACGCCAUUGUCAAUGUCGCCGGCUUGGAAGCUUGGGUCAUGGCUCAGGUGGAUCUAGGUCUCAACUUUGAUUACCCGGCUGGAGCUAUGCCAAACUGUGACGGCAAUGGUGGAUAUACUUGCCCAGGAGGAAACUGCGCCGCGGUGUCUUCAUCUCAGGCUCCCGCGUCUUCCACCCCUUGCCCUUCUGACACCCCAACUUCUGCACCCGUCUCCACAACUACCACUACCACUUUUGAGGCAGCCGUCGUCUCCUCUGCAGAGCCUUCCCCUCAGCCACCUGCAAGCUCCAUGGAGCCCUCUUUCUCGCCUCCUCCUACUCCUACCAUCACCCCGGCGCCGACUCAGCCUCAAACCUUCAACGUCGCCUCGGCAGCACCUACCAGCUCCUACGUUGACACCGAGGAGCCGAGCGACGACGGUGAUGAUUGUGAGGACGACGAUCCCAUCGUCACCAACGCCGUCGUGGUCGCAGAUACAACUAUCACUUUGUCCACUGUUUACGUUGUCGAGACGACUAUCACCAAUACCGUCACGGACACAGUCACCAACACAGUCACUGACACCGUCACCACGACCUCGGUUUCCACCGCCACAGUCACCGAGACGGCCGAUUGCGCUUCUUCCAGUACAGUCAAUGCCGCAGCCGUUGUGUCGUCUCCUGCCUCGCCCCCUCCACCUCCACCUGCUUCGACCAGUACUCCUCCUCCGGCCCCCGCUACCACCAGCACACCCCCUCCUGCACCCGCCACGACGACGUCACCUUGCCCUCCUUCCGCAACUAGCAACGUCUUCAUCCCGGCGGCUUCUCCAUCCCCUUCGGCUCCUUCGUGUCCCCAGGGUCAAAAGUACGAUAUCGAGUUACAAAUCUGCGUGGACAUUUGUGUCGAUGCGCUUGGUCUAGGACUCUGCGCAAAGGCAGAUGCUGACGUGGGUGUCAAUCUCCCCGUUGUCAAUCACUUGCUCGGUGGAUUGGGCGGAUUGUUGUAA